AUGAGGCAACAACAGAAGGCUAUUUCUGUCGUUGAAAAGAUCUUCACUUCUGCCACAGAAAUCCAGAUGAGUAUGGCUCCAGUUGAAAAUGAGGGGCUUCAACAAAAACAUGGAGGAAGGUGUUUACCCCGAAAAGGACUCGCUGGCCAUUCGCGUUGGGGUUUGGCCGUGGAGUUUGCUUGUUGCGAUUGA